AUGACUCCUAUCUAGAAACCAUCUAGCAACACUAAAGAACUACUACCAGGCAUACUAUAUUAAUAUAGAAAAAGGGUUUCCGCCUGUCAAAACCGAAGGCCCGGGUUAGAUUCCCACCCAAUUCCCAAAGACAGUGGUUGGUUUCUCGCCUGGCAUACCGAAGGCCCGGGGUCUAUUCCCACCCAGUGCCCAAACUCCAGCCACUGGAUGCAGACCUGGUUCCAAGCUGGAUAAAUAUGGUGGGUUGCGUCAGAAAGGCCAUCAGGCACCAAACCAGCUCCGAAACAAAUGGUCCACUUUGGUGACCCCUCGAAGGGAGCAGUUGAAAGUUACUCUAAGAAAAGAUGUGUGCCAGAUGUAGCUGAAGGCCCUGUGCUGUGGAUUCCCCACCCCACCCCACGACACUCCUCUCAUAUUCCCUGCACUGCAUGGCUUCAAUUGACCGCAUCUCUCCCCCCGUCACCGUAGCCCUCAUCCGGGAGCCCCUCAUGCUUUGGAUAAGGGCUGCUCACAGACUGCCUCAUGACGGCCUGGAUCGUUCUGCCAGUCAGCCUGUCGGCCUUCUCCAUCACAGGGAUAUGGAUAGUGUACGCCAUGGCAGUGAUGAACCACCAUGUGUGUCCAGUCGAAAACUGGACAUACAAUGUGACUUGUAAUGAGGAAACAGCGAAACGGGGCUUCCCCAAGACCUGCUGUACUCCACAGGACAUCCCUCUUAUCAGUAAAUGCGGCUGCUACCCACCAGAGAGCUGUCUCUUCAGUCUCAUAGGCAACGUCGGCGCCUUUAUGGUGGUGAUGAUUUGCAUGUUGCGUUACGCUCAUGUGAUCGAGCUCAGCCACCACUGCUGGGUCAACACGAGCGCGCUGGUCUCUGGUUGCGUUAACGCUCUGGGCCUCGUCAUGGUGGGCAACUUCCAGGUCGACCACGCGAAGACGCUGCACUAUGUAGGAGCGGGUGUGGUGUUUCCCGCAGGGCUGAUAUUUGUGUGUCUGCAGUGCGUGCUCACGUACCGGAUCGCUGAGACGGCGCUGGACUUCUGGAUGGCGCAUGUCCGUGUGGCUCUGUCAACAGGAGCCCUGGUCUCUCUCAUCCUCAGUGGCAUCUUCUUCAUUCACGAGAGCUUCGUGUUGCAGCACGCCGCCGCCAUCUGCGAGUGGAUCUUCACCGUCCUCGUCCUGGUUUAUUACGGAACCUUCACCUACGAGUUCGGCAGCGUCAGCAGCGACACCAUGAUGGCCGCCCUCAUCAACGGCAGGCCGCACGACAGCUCUGGCGCAGCGGUCAUCAUGGCAGGCAUGGGGAAGAGCGUGCCCAUGGGCUGUGGUGCUCGCAGCAUCAAGUCACCCGGAGGAAGCAGCACCUCCACACACCUCAACUGCACCCCGGAGAGCGUGGCCAUGUUAUAGUGAACGGACAGGAGGUUAGGGCUCAGGUAAAUCACGGCUUGCAAUCCAACUGAUCCGUGAGGUGCUGGAAGAGAGCAAUUGAUCGAGUGUAGAGUGCGUAUGAGUGGAAUGUGCUUGGACGGUUUUGAAUAAUAAAACAGCAUUCGAACCCUAAAAAUUUAUUAAAUCUGGCGGCGAUGCCAAAAUACUGAAAG